CAAUGGCAUGGUGGAAGGCCUGGAGUGAAGCAGAGGGCAGGUCUGUGGCAGGUGCUUUAAACUUUGACCCCACACCUGAUGCUCAGACUCUGUACAAGGCCAUGAAAGGGCUUGGGACUGAUGAACAAGCUAUAAUUGAUGUCCUAACCAAGAGGAGCAAUGUGCAGCGUCAAGAGAUUGCCAAAUCCUUCAAAGCACAGUUUGGAAAGGAUCUGAUUGAUAGCCUGAAGUCUGAACUGAGUGGCAACUUUGAAAGACUCAUUGUAGCUCUCAUGUAUUCCCCAUUCAAGUAUGAUGCCAAGGAGCUCUAUGAUGCCAUGAAGGGUGUGGGAACAAGUGAAGAUGUUAUCACAGAGAUCCUGGCAUCCCGGACAAAAGCACAGAUCAGAGAGAUAAUCAAGGCAUACAAAGAAGAAUACGGUUCUGAUCUGGAAGAAGACAUAAAAUCAGAAACAAGUGGCUACUUUGAACAGAUUCUGGUUUGCCUUCUUCAGGGUGAGAGGGACAAUGCCACUUUCUAUGUGGACCCAGCACUGGCUCUCCAGGAUGCAGAGGCUCUCUAUGCUGCUGGGGAGAAGAUACGGGGCACUGAUGAGGUACAGUUUAUCACCAUCUUGUGCAAAAGGAGUGCCAUACACUUGCUGAAAGUGUUUGAAGAGUACCAGAAACUGGCUGGUAAGAGCAUAGAAGAUUCUAUCAAGAGUGAAACUUGUGGUUCACUUGAGGAUGCAAUGCUGGCUAUUGUGAAAUGCACCAGGAGUGUCCAUUGCUACUUUGCAGAGAGGCUGUACCAUGCUUUAAAGGGGGCUGGCACCGAUGAUGGGACUCUUAUAAGGGUGAUCGUUUCCCGAAGUGAAGUUGAUUUAAAUCUCAUAAAGGCUGAAUUCAAGCAUAUUGCAGGAAAGUCUCUCUCCAGUAUGAUUAUGGAUGACACCAGUGGCGAUUACAAGACAGCCUUGCUGAAUCUCUGUGGCACUGACUGACAAAAUCUAGGAGGAAGAUGUUGAAAUGG